AGGCGCUUAAAUUAUCUCCACUUGCUGACUCGCUUCCACAUAAUUAUGGAAUCCUUACUGUCCAUUUUGAACCAAAACAUAGUUCACUGGCCUCAGCUUCCUGCUAAGUUGGAUGCCAAGAGAAUCUAUCUGUUGGUGUUCUUCAGUCAGUUCAAGGCAAUGAGCAGCCGCAAACGGAGCCAACCAGCAGAACUCAGCAGUUCAAUCUUCUAACUCCCCUCUACUGUUCAGUGGAGAUAUCAGUGGUGAGGAUGAACACGCCGAUGACAUGGUGAAGGAUUUUCUUAAUCUGUCUACCGAUGCUUCACACGCUAGCGAUGGUUUAGCUCACAGUGAGCAAAUAGAAUUGCAAAUAUUGUCUGAACAACUUGGCAUCGAGAUCACAGAUCACUGGGAAAGCCCUCGUUUGGAUGACAUAUGCUGGAGGUCCCAAGUCCCAUCUCUUUCACCAUCUUCUAACCGUGAUGACAAUGCUCAGCCUCGUUUGCAAACAACCUCAACCUCAUCUGCAAACAAGCGAAGAUUAAGAUGGACGGUGGAGCUCCAUGAGCGAUUUGUAGAUGCUGUGAACAAGCUUGAUGGGGCUGAGAAGGCAACUCCUAAGGCUGUACUGAGGCUCAUGAAUGUCGAAGGGCUGACUAUUUACCAUGUAAAGAGUCAUUUGCAGAAAUAUCGACUUGCUAAGUAUCUCCCAAAGACCACAGAAGACAAAAGGGCUUCCAUUUCAGAAGAUAAGAAAGAACCAUCAGUUAGUGAUGACACUGAUUUAGACAAGAUGAGGAGCAUUCAAGUCACAGAAGCUCUCAGGAUGCAAAUAGAGGUUCAAAAACUGCUGCAUGAACAACUCGAGGUCCAACGAGCACUUCAAUUACGCAUAGAGGAAAACGCAAGCUACUUGCAGAAAAUUCUUGAAGAACAGCAAAAAAGCAAGUCCCUUUAGUUCCUAGCAAAGGUCAAGUUCAGCAACACAGUAUAUGAUUCAGAAAGUGAUUCCAAAUCUGCCGGGAGCAAGUUCUGGAGAUCAGCAAGCUCGCCAUCUAAAAAUUAUCUUCUUGGUGUCUCAAUUGAUUUCUUCUACCUUUUCUGGAAUUUGGAUGGCCCUCAUCUCUUUCACAGAGGAACGAUCGGUGGAGACAAUUGGCGAUGUCUCGAAUCGGAUGAGGACAAAACAGGGCGAGGAGUGCCGUGUGUUGCCACCAUUGGUCAUUGGCCGAGAUGAUGAAGCUCAUGGCUCCAAUGGACAUUUCCAAUGAUUAAAUUUUUCAAUAAUUUGUUUUUACAGUGAUAAUAUAAAAAUGUAUUCUCUC